CAAUAUCUUAUGCUGAGAUAAAGUAGGUGGCCUGUGUGUCUUCAAAUAUGAGGACGAUGUCUAGUGAUAUCACGGACCAGAAAGAUUUGAUGAAAAGGGUUCCAAAACCUCUCAUGGAGAAGCGGAGGAGAGACCGUAUUAACCACAGUUUGGAAACACUGAGGCUUCUGUUAGUGGAGAACACAUGUAAUGAGAAACUGAAGAAUCCCAAAGUGGAAAAAGCUGAAAUCCUGGAGAGCGUUGUUAAUUUCCUGAAGGCUGAGCAGCGAUCCAGACCGUAUGCAUGUCCCAUCAAAAGAGGAAAAAGAAAAUAUGAGGAAAACGAUGAGCUGGGAUCUCCUUGUAAACGUCAACUGAGCUACCAUGAUGGUAUGAGAACAUGUCUGCUAAGGGUCAGCAAUUUUAUUGCAAGCAAGAGCCAAGAGUUAGAGGGGAACAUGCAGGUGACCAUGCAACAGGAACUUAAAGACCAUUCCAUUCAAGGUCAUCUAGCGCCCACUCUGCACCUCAGACAGGAUGGUGGGUCUAUACCAGGGCAGCAGGCACUUACUUAUGUGGAGUCGACCAGCUCCUGCGUGGCACUGGGUCAGUCCUUAAUUUCUCAAAGAACUGCCAUUUACGACCCUACAAAGAAGCCAGCUUCCAGCUCUAAACAGCCUUUGAUGUCAAGUGAUUCUGUGUGGAGGCCUUGGCCACAGUAAAGACAACCCAUCAUCAAAUAUCAUCCAAAAACUGAUCAAAAUCUUUGACGGAUUGAAUUUAUCAUCAGCUCAUAAUUUUUAUGAGUCAGUUGUCCUUGACUCAUUUACAUGCAAAAGCCUGUGAAUUGUGUAAAUGUGCAGCAUGUGUAAAUAUGUGGAUUUUGUACAACAGAUACUGAAAUCUUUAUUUUGAUAUGGACAAUGAAUAAACUGUGUGCGUCACAGAUAUGUUUUGUACUUGAUAGUAUAUAUUUUUGUAUAAAAGAGGUGUUUCUAAUUUUUUUUGAGGAUGUAAGCAAUUUUGGAAAGAGUCUUUUCCACACCUUUUGUACUUCUGUCUAUGAAAUGACUAUGAAUCUUUCUAAUGGCUCAGGAAGCAUUUACUUAAUCGAGCUAAAAUGAUUUUAUCAGAUUUGAGAUUGUGUUAGGGACACUUAUAUACAUGCAUGCGUGCAUAGUCUGGUUGAUUUUUUUUUCUUUUACAAUUUUUAUAUGUGCUAUGUUUUUCUUGACAGCACAGGCUUUGACUUCUUCUAGUCAACUGUAGCCAAAGCAAACAAUGUGUAUAUAAAUGUAUAUACUGAAAGAAUAAACCUGCCUGAGGAUAUAUUCUUGAACAA